AUGUAUCUUUUUGCAUCCUUCCCAAAUUCUAGGCCUUACAAAAACUUGUUGGACUAUAAUUCGUCACAGUUUUCGGCUUUAUCUCCAUUGGUGGCUGAAGCAUUGGCUUUUAGACUUACUGUCAUGUGGGCUUGGGUUUUUGAUUUUCAGCACGUCUGGUUUGAAAGUGAUGCUCAAACUCUUGUGGAAGCUUUGCAUGUCGGUUCUAGGUGCCCUUCAAGCAUUGCCUCAUGUAUUUAUGAUAUUCGUACUAACCUGGACCUCUUCUCAUGGGUUAAGGUGUCUCAUGUGUGGCGGCAAGGUAAUCGUGCAGCCCAUGCCCUUGCAUCACUCUCUUCUUCGUGCUUGUGUGCUGAUUCUGUAAUCUCCCAUCUUCCGGCGGAGGUGCUUCAGUUGGUGGAGUUGGACUACCGUCCUAUUUUGUGUUAG